AUGCAUCACAUCCCCUUGGGAGGCCCCACCUCUGCCGAAAGGGCUCGCCGCCUCGCAAUCAUCCUCACGUCAGUCUUGACCUUCGGAGCGGUUUGCAUGGUCGUUGCUGGAUAUGGUGCAAAGCCGCAGAAGCUUGCUGUGCGCAACGUGAAGUUUGCUGCUGCAAGGGCCACGCAGAAGUUGCAGGAUGCAGGGAACGGCAUGGCUAUCCCAGACCCUGACGAGACUGCCAGGAAGGCUAAGGAAGCUAUGUCCAAGGCCGGAGAUUCAGCAAACAAGGCGUUGAGUGACGUGGAGAACGCUCUCGAGGAUGUUCUCCCCGUCGGUGACAUCUUCAGUGCUCUCGGGUGGCACUUGGACCUCUGCUUCUACCUUGUCACUAUUUACAUUGUGUAUUACAUCUGGAAGUGCAAGGUAUGGCACAAGGUCUUGCCACAGUUGAUCUACGUUCGAACUGCGGAGGAGGAGCAGGCGGUCAAGGACGCAGAGCAUGCCAACGAGAACUGGUCCUCUAUCGGUGACUGGAGCGAGGACCCUCACGACUCCACCAAGCCCAACGACCAAGACCUGCUUUGGUUCCGCACAGGCACCAACGAGGAGCGUCUCUUCUACGAGAAGCAGCGUGUUCAGCCAAGUUUCAUCGACACCCUCAUGUGCGGCUGCGGAGGAAACGUGUACGCAGUGGCCGUGACGAGCAAAAGGAUCAUCAUCCAAAACGACAAGAGAUGCUUGUUUGGCUCCACUGUCCUGACCACCAACGAGGAAUCCUACCUCCUGAGCACCGUCCACAAGGCCUCCCUGCACACUGACGGCGCCUUGAACCUUGGCAUUUGCACUUUGCACUCCUCCGAGAUGCUGUCUGGCGGCUUCAACUGGAUCUUUCUCGGAUUUUUGGUUGACAUCGUGCUUGAGUGGAAACCCGCAAUCAUGAACUUCAUCACCGAUGAUCGCCUCAAGGGCUGGAUCAACUUGGUUCCCAACGACAUCAUCUACAUGUUUUCGUCCGUUUUGGUCUUGUUCGGAGCCUUCCUCUUCCUUGCCCUCCUCUUCUUCUUGAUCUGCCCUCAGAGCACCCUUGAGAUCGAGUUCGUUAAGCAAGCUGGAGUCAGCAGCUACACCAAGAAGUUUGACUUCCCUGUGCGGACUGCUUACAAGAUGUACGACGCGAUCAUGCAAGGAAGGUUUGGCCACUCGAAGUCUGCUUAA